AAACUCGAGGAGAAGCUAGAAAAAGAAAAGAACGUGAACGUAAAGCAGAUCAAUGUAAGGACUCUCAAUUUAAGAAUUUAGGAAAUAAUAAAUCUCGACAAUAUAUGGCAAGACUUCGACAAGACCCAAACUAUGUUAGAAUAUCUAAUGAUUUACAAAACAAAUGUCGGAAG